AUGCACCCCAAACCCCCCGCCCAGCACCCGCUGCUACCCCCCGCCGCCGCCGCCCCCGACCACCACGACGACUCCGACCCCGAUGCCACCAGCAAGCCGUCGCGCGCGCGCUUCGCCCUGACCAAGAAGAAGACGCUCGUCCUCGCGCUGCUGCUGCUGUUCCUGCUCGCCGCCGGCGUCGCGGCCGGCACCGCCGUGGCCGUCACCAAGAAACAGCAGGCCGCCGCCGCCGCCGCCGUCUGUCGCGACGAGGACGGCUGCCGCGACAUCGGCUACGCCCGCUACAAAGGCACCACCGACCGCCACGGCGUCGCCAGCUGGUUGGGCAUGCGCUUCGCCGCCCCGCCGCUGGGCGCCCUGCGCUUUGCCGCGCCGCAGGACCCCGUCAAGGAGUCGGCCGUGCAGCCCGCGAACGACUAUCAGAAAGCCUGCCUGUCCACCUCCAGGACCGCCAACCGCCUCGAGGCCGAGGACUGUCUCUUCCUGCACGUCUUCGCUCCCGCCAACGCCUCGCGCGACGCCAAGCUGCCCGUCUACUUCUUCAUCCAGGGCGGCGGCUUCAACAUGAACGCCAACACCCGCGUCAACGCCUCCGGCCUCAUCCAGGCCGCCGCCGGCAAUCUCGUCGUCGUCAGCUUCAACUACCGCGUCGGCCUGUACGGCUUCCUCGCCUCCAAGGAGAUCCAGGACCAAGCCAGUCUCAACAACGGCCUCAAGGACCAGAUCAAAGCCCUCGAAUGGGUCCGCAAGCACAUUGCCCGAUUUGGCGGAGACCCCAAUCACGUCGUCAUCGGCGGCCACAGCGCCGGCGGCGCCUCCGUCGUGUUCCAUCUCACGGCGUACGGCGGCACCACCAAGGUGAAGCCCGAUAAGCCCCUGUUCCACGGCGUCAUCGCCGGCUCGCCCUCCAUGGGCAACAUGCUCAACGUGUCCGAAAGCCAGUACAUGUACGACAGCCUGACCAAUCGCACCGGCUGCAACGACGACGCCGACUCCCUCGGCUGCCUGCGCAAGCUGAGCGCCGAGGCCAUUCAGGCCCAGAACAUCAAGCUCCCGCUGCCGGGAGCCACCAAGCUCCCGCUCUUCAUGUACGCCCCGACCAUCGACGGCGACCUCGUGCCCGACUACACCUACCGCCUCAUCCAGGAAGGCAAGUUCCUCAGAGUCCCCAUCGUCUUCGGCGACGACGAGAACGAAGGCACGCUCUUCGCGCCCAAGGGCACCAGCUCCGUCUCGCAGACCAACGACUUCCUGCGCGCCCAGUUCCCCGCGCUCACCGACGACCACCUCGCGCGCAUCAACGCCUUCUACCCCAAGACCGAGAGCCACUACCCCAACAGCGGCAAGGCCUGGCGCCGCCUGGCCAACAUCUACGGCGACAUGCGCUACACCUGCCCCAAGAUCGCCAUCGCCCAGCGCUUCUCCGAGUUCCACGACCCGCGCCAGGUCUGGAGCUACCGCUACGCCGUCGAGGACCCCAUCUUCAUGCAGUCCGGCCUCGGCACCCCCCACACCGCCGAGCUCGAGGGCAUCUGGGGGCCCGACUACGCCUCCGCCCGCUCCCCGGUCUCCUACUACACCACCAACAAGCCCAUCGUCCCCGUCGUGCAAGGCUUCUGGUCUAGUUUCAUCCGCACCCUCGAUCCCAACCCGCUGCGUGCCCCCGGCAGCCCCGACUGGAACCCGUGGAAUGCCUCCGGCGCCGCUGAUCCCGCCGCCGCAACGGGGAGCUACCGGGAGCUGCUGCUGAAGACCGGCAGCACCAAGAUGCGCGUGGUCGACCCGGGCCUGCGCGAGAGGUGUGACUACAUGAUCAGCAUUGCCGUGGGCAUCAAGCAGUGA